AUCAUAAACAGAGUCUGAAUUUGAAAGCCAGGCAGAUAGCACACACAAGUGAAGAGUGUUGAACAGCCCACAACCACCUCACCGAAAUUCAUCGUUUUCUUCGCAAUCCGCAAGAAAUAGUGGUCUCGAUGGUGAAACAGUUUUGGAACCGUGAAAAAUUUCGAAAACUAAACAUUAACACUUUAUCGAAAAACUUAAUUAUUAUUUAUUAUCGUUAUAAGUAAUUUGUCGUCGCUGAAAAAAAAAACAAUACAGAGAGAAAGAAAGAAAGAACCAACACCGAGAAAAUGAUAUUCAUCGUUUUACUUUUUACCGUAUCAAUACUUGCCUACGUAUACGUACAAUGGCGCUAUUCAUACUGGAAACGAUUGGGCGUUCCAUGCCCCGAGCCGUUAUUCUUCUUUGGAAAUGUACUGGAAACCAUUACAAUGUCAUCGCACAUUGCAUUAUUAUGCGAAAAAUGGUACAAUGAAUACUCCAACGUACCAUACUCUGGCUAUUAUAAAAUUCUAAAUCCUGCCGUUAAUUUACGCGACCCAGAUUUGAUCAAAGAUGUUCUUAUCAAAGAUCAUUUCAAUUUCCACGUUAACGAACAGGAUUUUAACAAAAAAUACGAUCCACUGAUGGCACACAAUCCAUUUGUUGCGACUCACGAUAGCUGGCGAAAAGGUCGAAGUGUUCUCACACCAUUGCUAACUUUAUUCAAGGUUCGGACAUUGUAUCCAUUGGUGAAAGAUAGCUGUGAUAAACUAUCAAAUUAUUUAAAAACUAUUCCACAAAAUAAAGAUAUUGAAGCAAAGGCGUUGGCAUCUCGAUUUGCGACCCAAAAUGUAAUUCGUUGUUCGUUCAGCAUUGAUUCACAAUGUUUUACGGAUAAAAAAUCGGAGUUCCGUGAUAUGGGCAAAAAAAUAUUCCAGCCUACAUUUUGGGGUGGAAUCAAGCUGAUGAUGAUGUCAAUCUGUCCAAUUCUUCGCGAUGUCAUUCCAUUUGCAUUUGUACCGGCCGAUGUAGACGAAUGGUUCCAAGGACUGGUGCGUCAACUUCGAGAGGAACGAAAACAUUCACCAUUACAACAAGAAGAUCUAUUUCAAAUGUUACUAAACUCCGUCGAAAAAUAUGAUAUCAAUGACAUCGAACUAGCGGGAUACUCGCUUACAUUAUUUGUCGAAGGCUAUGAAACAUCAAGUAGUGUUUUGGGAUUUGCAAUCUAUGAAAUGGCCCGAAAUCCCGACAUUCAAGAACGUUUAUACGAAGAAAUCAGCGACGUAUUAGCAAAAUAUGAUGGAGAAUUUACAUUUGAAGCACUUCAAGAAAUGGAAUACCUAGACAAUGUCAUUCAUGAAACAAUGCGAUUGAAUGUUGUUGCGCCAUUAAUUAGUAAAGUUUGUACCAAAGAAUACACUCUGCCAUUGAUCGAAGGCCAAAAAGAACCAGUCACACUUCAUCCAGGAACACCAAUCCAGAUUUGUGCACGUGCAUUGCAUAUGGAUCCAAAACAUUAUCCAGAACCCGAAGUAUUUGAUCCGAAUCGAUUCAACGAAGAAGAACGCCGAAAUAGACAUAAGGCCGUUUAUUUGCCAUUUGGUGAGGGUCCGAGAAUGUGUACGGGCAUCAAAUUCGCAAUGGCACAAACGAAGGCCGGUUUGGCAUCGAUUGUACGUGAUUUCAAAAUUAACGUAUCACCGAAACAAAAACCAUUCGUCAUGGAUAUUCGUGCAUUUUUAUAUCAAGCACGUGACGGAUUGUACGUCAAUUUUACGCCAAGAACAGGAGUGGCACAAUAAAAACUGGAAAGACUUUUAUUUUAAAUUCAUUUUUUCGAAGAAAAAAUAUAUUUUUCAGAUCGUA